GCCGUGCCGCUCGCUUUGUCAACAAAAGACCAUAAAAAUCGAACAAAUCCUCAUUUUUAACUUAGUUUUAGUAGUUUACAGUUAUUUUCAACUAGUUUCAAUUCACAAAACGAAGUUUUCAAUAGACCUAGAUAAAGAAACUACUCCAAGACUGAAAGGACGUAUAGAUUAAAAUUGUGCUUCUUUUUAAUUUCGAUAAGAUUAAGUUUUUACGAACGAUAACGUGAGUGUGCGUGCCAGUGUCCGUAAUUAACGCUUUUCAGUGCAGCGGUAUUACUAGUGUUAUAAAAAGAUUGGAUUUUGGUGCUUUUAAGAUAAACAAUAAUGGCAAACCGCCAAUAACCGGCCCAAAAUGCCACAAACGCGCGCGAGUCGGUGACUACCAAACAACAGAUGGCGCUGCUCACCAACUCGACGCAGCCUAGCGCCUCGGCGUCGCAAGCGCACCCGGCCACGCCGCUCCACCACUACUUCCACUACCUGAAGCAGCCGUCGCCGCUGUCGCAGAAUCCGUACGCUCACCACACGAGCGCUCACCACAUGGGGAUGGGACCUGGGCCCCUGGGCGGGCUCGGCCCGUUCGGCUUGACUCAUCACGGGCUGGAGGCUGUUGGGUUUCCGCAAGGCGUGAAUCCCCGAAAGCAACGGCGGGAGCGAACGACGUUCACUCGCGCGCAGCUCGACGUGUUAGAAGCGUUGUUUGGCAAGACGAGGUACCCCGACAUCUUCAUGAGAGAAGAGGUGGCGCUUAAGAUCAACCUACCGGAGUCUAGAGUACAGGUCUGGUUCAAGAACCGAAGAGCAAAAUGCCGGCAGCAGCUCCAGCAGCAGACCAACACGCAGAUCUCCAGCAAGUCCUCCAGCUCCAAGACCUCCAUCUCCUCCAGCCUUAAAUCCUCCAACACCUCAUCUUCCUCCAAAAUCACCACCUCCAAAUCCUUAACAAGCUCGAGCAACACCACCACAAACACAUCCAGUAUAGCAACGUCUUCACCCAACUUACCUAUUACCCCAACUACUUCAGUGAGUCCACCUAUCAAUGUUAUCUGCAAGAAAGAAUCCGCACCGAACUACGAUUCCUCCACCAAAAACAAUACACUAUCAUCCAUAAGCCACCAUUACUCCAACGACGCUUUACGGUUAAGCGGAAAGGAGGACUCCAACGUCCACGGGUACGGAGUGACUCCCAAACAGGAGCUAUACUCCAGCCCGAAAAGGCUCGACUACUCCGGAAAGGUGGACUAUUCUGAGAAAUCUUUCGGUAGUAGCUUGGUAAAGGACCAGUAUAGCUCAAGGUUAACCGGGAACCUGACGCCUCUAGGGUCGAACUCCUCUAUAAUGACCACCCCCUCCCCUCCAAUUACCCCCCAGAGCCUGAACGGGCCGGGGAACGUGUACCAUCCGGACAGCUACAACAGCUUCCACUGGCCGGGCAGCUCGGAUUACAUAAGAAGUUACUCGUCGUCGCAUCACCAUCAGGGGUAUGGGCAGGGCGCCUAUAACUCCCCCUAUUAUCCCAGUCAGAUGGAAUAUUUCAACGGCUCCUCCGUCAACCAGUCGCACGGCAGCCACCACGGCCACAACCUGACCACCAACGGCAACCAGCUCUACAACCAGGUGUCCUUCGGCAACCCCUCGCCCCCCUCCGCCUGGCCCUCCCACAACAUCCUCGCCUCCGGCCCCGAGUCCCCUGAGAACCAACAGAACUCCCCCCACCUCAGCAUGCUGCAAGCUUCGCAGAUCACCAACUUCUCCAAUACCGGGAACAGCUACUUCGCCCCGGAGAAGUACGGUAUCAACAUGGUUUAGUGUAUCUAGUCUUUCUUAGGUUAUUUUGUUCCGCCGCCGCAAAACCGAGCGUGCUUAUUAUCUCCACGUUAUUUCUUGUUCUCGACGCGUAUAACCGUCAAUCUUUAAAAUGCUGUUCGAAAUUCGGGUGCGUGUUCUAAAUUUGACUUUUUAAACUGAAUAUCGAACGGCUUUUAAAGAGUUUUGAUUAUACGUUUAUAGGACAUAUCAUUAACAAGAAUAACGUUUUCGGUAAGUCGGAGCCGCGCGGUUUUCCGGCGGAGAAAUUGAGAUGAAGUUUCUUUUGUAAAUUAAAGUUUCGAGCGAGGGAGGGAUUACGUUUUGCGCUAAAAUAUUCUCACAUUAAUCAACUUAAAGCGACAACUUUUGCGUUACUUUUUUUUUAAUUAACGAGAUACUUUAUUCAUACGGAUACUGUUAAUUUUCUUAAAAGUACCGCUAAUUUUGGUACUAAAUAAACAGCCUUCUGGACAGCGAUAAUCUCAAUUCUCGCUUGAACAUUAAUUUACUAAUAAAUUAAAAAGUGCUGAACUAAAAAUUACCAAAUAACGAGAAUCAACGAAAGAAUAAACCCUGGUUAACAUUAACAAGGCCUAAAUGAAAUUGUAUCGAAAUUCGCCAUAUUGUUUUUUACCCACUAACUUUAAUUUAAUGUAUAGAGAUUUCAUUUUCAUAUACUUGCCUCCUUCCUAUGUAAAAAGACCUGAGUCAUAUCACUUAUUAUAUUUAAAGAAAAUAGGCUAUGUUAGAACAGAACUCGCUAAAUAAAAUAAAUAUAGUUUUAAUCCUGUAAAUAAGUUAAGAGUUUUAUUUUUAAAGAUAAAAGACAAUUUGUAAAUGUGUGUGGUCCGGAUGUAUAUGUGACUUAUAUAGUUUAGAUUAAAUUUAAGAUUUAUUUUAUGACCAGUGGGCAAUUGUGAUUGUCUAAUACUUAAAUACUCCUAAUUUAUUACUUUUUGCAAUUGUGGAUCAUAUGUUUCAUAUGUUCUUAUUAUUGUAAAUAAAGUAAUCGUACUUAAUUUAUAUUGAGUGGACUGUCAACAGUUGAUUGAAAGGUUAAUUUUUUUAACCUUUUUAAUCUUAUUGGAAACUCUUCAAUACUGAAUUUGCAAAAAACAAUACCGGAUACAUUUCGUCACUACUUUUAAAAAAUCUCGUAUCUCACGGUGUUCCUCAAAGUUAAAACGCAGUAAGUCUAUAUGCAUUCCAUACAUACUUACUACAAUUUUCUUUUCAUUGACAGACGAAGAUACAAGUUUUUUUUAAAGUAGUGACGAUUUAUUAAGUUUAUCGUUGUAUUUUUAAAUAUUAGGCGGAAAACACACUGUGCUACUUUUUUCAGCGUUGGAUAGUCUAUUGUUUUAUUAAAAUCUACCUAUACGAUGCUUAAAAGCGCAGUACAGUGUAUUUCACCUUUAAAAAUCACACCAAAAAUAUCAUCACAUUCCUUAGUUUAUAUUGAAAAUAAAUCACUUUCAGUGUCCAAUUCGCAUUUAAUAUGAAAUUAAUCACAGAGAUUAUUAGUUGAUGAAAUAAUUGAAAUUAAUUUCAAAUUUGUAGGUAUAAUGUAAUGAAUUGUAAUUUAUAGUGUUGGUAUAAGCUUGGACAUAGCUAAGUUAGGUGCAUACGAGUCAGUGUAUUUUUUUUAAGUUAAGUUGUAUGAAUUAAAUAGCUAUUGAAAUAUUGAAUCCGAAUAUAUGCAUAUAAAAAUACAA